UUUUCCUUUGCUUUCUCUCGUUUUCUCGACACAAAUUCAAGUCCAAAAAAAUCAAAGACCCUUCAUUUUUAUGUUCAGUUGUUAUCUUUAAAACCCACCAACAGUACGCACUCUCUUUCUCCUCCUCUAUAGGUUAGCUCCAUGGACACCAUUAACAGUAGCACCAUUACCACUAUGCAACAAAUAAAAACACCACCAACAAAAAUAACCAAACCCAACAAGAAGAAAAAUAACAACAACAAAAAUCCCAUCAAAGUAGUGUACAUAUCAAAUCCCAUGAAGGUCAAAACCAGUGCCUCCGAGUUUAGGGCACUGGUCCAAGAACUCACCGGCCAAUACGCUGAAUCACCACCAGACCCUUCAAAAUUUCAAGAGUCUGGUAGUGAUAACAUCAGUGAUGGCCGAAGUGAGAAUAGGAUGGAUUUGGUUAAAAAUUACGACGGCGAGGUUGUGGUGGGGCCUCCACAAGUGGAUCCUGAUCAAGUGAAACCAAGUGGUGAGGGCUCAUACGAGGGUUUUGAUGAUGAUGUUUGGAUGGCUGAGAUGGUGGAGAAUAUUUGGGAUCUGCUUCCCUCAAGUGCAUUCUGUGAAUCUUUCCAGCUUGAUCACUAAUGAUUCUGUUGAAGAAUGUAAUUUUUUAUAUUUAUUAAUCGGUAAGGUGAUCCAUCCUCAAAUAAAAUUAAGCAUGUUAUAAUUAUCUAUAAGUAAAUCUAUCUAAAUAUAAAAAAAAAAUUAUCUAUUUAAAUAUAUAUCUCGAUCUCUCUGUAUAUAUAUACAUCAAAAGUGCCAGUAUAAUUGUUUUAUAUUUAGUUAA